AUGUGUCUAGAAAAAUUGGUACAAGAAGAUGUGGAUACACUUCUUGAUAAUGGAAUCCGUGGACAACCAAUGAGGGACGGUAAUAAUAAAGUUUACAAAUCGUUUUCUGAUAUAAUUGAGGGCAAAGAGGGAAGAUUUCGAGAGACUCUUCUUGGAAAACGAGUUGAUUAUUCAGGGCGUUCUGUUAUUGUCGUAGGUCCAUCACUUUCAUUACAUCGAUGUGGAUUUCCCUGCGAAAUAGCAAUAGAGCUAUUUCAGACGUUUCUAAUUCGUGGUUUAAUUCAAAACCAUUUUUCUUCGAACAUAGGAGUUGCUAAGAGGAAAAUCCGGGAAAAAGAACCCAUUGUAUGGGAAAUACUUCAAGAAGUUAUGCGGGGGCAUCCAGUAUUGCUGAAUAGAGCGCCUACUUUGCAUAGAUUAGGCAUACAGGCAUUUCAACCCAUUUUAGUCAAAGGACGUGCUAUUUGUUUACAUCCAUUGGUGUGUAAGGGAUUCAAUGCAGACUUUGAUGGGGAUCAAAUGGUUGUUCAUGUGCCUUUAUCUUUGGAGGCUCAAGCAGAAGCUCGUUUACUUAUGUUUUCUCAUAUGAAUCUCUUGUCUCCGGCUAUUGGGGGUCCCAUUUGA